AUGAUGCUCAAAACUCUGCGCAAGAAGGUAUCAGGUUGGUACUACCUCUUGAACGAGGCUACUGGUCGAAAGAAGCACCUAAAGGCUGGCUUUGAGGCCGUCUCCUCCAUCGGCCUGAUUGGCACCAACUCUUCACCAACCAUCGCCUCGGGUCUUGAGCUUGUCGGCAAGAUUGGAAUCUCUUCUGAGUCGGCCGUCUCGUCCACCGCUGUCGGUAUCGAUACGACCAAUCCAUCUGGCAGACCAGCGCAUUUCGGCCUUGUAAGCUGUGGCGGAGUCGAGCGCACGACAAUGAGUCCCGACUGUGGAGGAGUUGCUGCCUAUCCCGCCGUGCUUCUUCAAGCGGCUCCGCACACGGCAGCCACCUCAGCCUGCACUACUUCGUUGUUGGCCCAUUCUGAGGCCUAUCGAACAGACGAAAACAUGUACCGACAUGAUCAUCAAGGUCAGCACCACCAGACUCGCUGUCAUCAGCAACAGCAACAGCAGUACAAUCCCGCGGUCCUGGAGAGACCAGUAUACCUGCCGCCUCCUGCACCGCCGGCCCCUCAGCCCGGUGGAAGUACAUUAUCCGUGGCCUCAACGACCACGGGCAAGCAGGCCAACGGAUGGCCUGGUACUUACUGGCAUCCUGGCCGAGGGCCAGCUGUGAUGGUGGGAUCAGGUGAACUCCUUCGAGCAGCCAGGCUGCCCAUGGUACAGACUCCCGCUACGCCCUCUCACCCUUUGCCUGUUUGCGGCCCCAUUCAUGCAUCCUCAACUCCAUAUACAGGUUCGAUUUCACGCCAGAUGCUAUUAUCACAGCCCUAUCCUUCAUACAGUCUUCACUCCAUCUCUGCACCCCUGCCGCCGGCUCCGCAUACCAUUCAUUCCUCCUCGUCCCUUCCGCCCACUCCCAUGCCGACCGGUCAAUUGCAGAUGCAGAUACAGUUUCCGACCUCCGGGCAGUCGGUGAAAAAGCAUUUCCCACAUCACUUGGCAGUCUAUCCGUAUCCAGGGCCGCAGCAGCAACACUUCCGUUCGAUUCCAGAGACAAAUCAGCUUUUAAGCAAUAUGCAAGUCUUUCAGGUGAGUCCAGCUCGUUUGUUAAAUGUCGCUUUUUGUUGCACCAUGAAGGGGGAGAGCUCAAAUGCUUUUUGA